UUCAUCCUCGUCAGAAUCAAAGAUCUGAGGCACAACAGCCUUCUUUUUACAUUUCAGAAAAAUGAUAAAAGCAGGAAAUAAAAAAUUGACCUUAAAACGGGAGUUGGGGCUCACCAGUGCUGUAUCUUUGGUUGCAGGCAUUAUGAUAGGUUCAGGAAUUUUUAUGUCUCCACAGUUUAUACUGGCGUACGUUGGGAGUUCAGGAGCAAGCUUGAUCAUCUGGGCAGUGUGUGGUAUAGUAUGCAUGUGUUCUGCUUUGUCAUAUGCUGAGUUGGGAACCAUUAUAAGAGAAUCAGGGGGUGACUAUAGCUAUAUCCUGCGGAUUUAUGGACCUUGUCCUGCAUUCUUUCUGGCUUUUACAACCGUGUUUGUGAUGAGGCCAUUUGGGAUUAUAGCUGGUUCCCUGAGCUUUGCUAAGUAUGCUGUGGCACCAUUUUACCCAGGCUGUACACCUCCCAUACUAGUGGUAAAGUGUAUUGCUUCGGCAUGUGUGUUGGUGAUUGCAAUUGCCAACAUGCUAAAUAUACGUUUUACCAUGGCUACUCAAGUUGUCUUUAUGGGUGCAAAAUUUGUGGGUCUAAUGAUAAUAGUUACUGGAGGAAUAAUAACACUUCUACAGGGAAACUAUGGAAGCCUCUACAAUCUAGAAAGUGCCUUUGCAGACACAAAGCUUGGCAUUAGUACCGUUGGAAUGGCACUGUAUCAAUGCCUGUGGUCAUAUGCUGGGUGGCAAAACUUAAACAAUGUUACUGAAGAGGUGAAAAUGCCAGAGGUGAACCUGCCAAGAGCACUGAUGAUAGCUAUUCCUAUGGUAACAAUUCUGUAUCUAUUGGUCAAUGUCAGUUAUCUAUGUGUCAUGACACCUGCAGAGAUGAUAUCAUCCAGUGCAGUGGCUGUCACUUGGGGGAAUAAAGUAUUAGGAGGAUGGGGCUGGGUGAUGUCUAUUGCUGCAGCAUUCUCAGCCUUUGGUUCUCUAAAUGGAUCCUUUUUCAGUGGAGGACGAGUGUGUUACGUAGCAGCGAGAGAGGGACACAUGCCAGACAUCCUGGCCAUGGCUCACAUGCGCAGGCUUACUCCCUCUCCAGCCCUCAUUUUCAACACAGUCAUUGCUCUUAUUGUUCUCAUUCCGGGAGACUUCCAGGCCAUAGUGAACUUCUUCAGCUUUACUGCCUGGUUCUUUUAUGGGGUCACAAUAUCAGGUCUUCUGUAUUUGAAAAUCAAGAAACCCGAAAAUCCCCGGACAAUUACGGUACCUAUAAUUAUUCCCAUCCUGGUGUUGCUGGCUGCAGUGUUCCUGGUACUGGCACCCAUCAUUGAUGACCCUCAGAUUGAGUACCUCUAUGUGACCCUCUUCAUGCUGAGUGGCAUUGUGAUUUACAUUCCCUUCAUUCAUUUGAAACUGUUCCCUGGAUUGUUAAAUAAACUCACAGUCUUCCUUCAACUGUUCCUAGAGGUAGCACCAACUGCCAAAAACCUGUAAUGCUGAGGAAACAAAACUGUCAAAUUCAGUGUUUUUCAACUUCAGAUGUUAUAGGCUCUCACAUUUCUACAAAUCUAAAUUUGAAAAGAAAAAACAAAUCACUUCAUUAUUUUCUUUAAAUUAUACACCUCCUGGGUAUAGGAAAAUCAGAAUCUGAAUAUGAAUAAUUGCUAUUUUUUUGUGAAACAGAUGGUAAGGUGUAAGGUAAUAUAUUUGAUAGAAACUAUUCUUAAUUCAUCUUUUGGUAACACUUUACACUAAGGUUCCAUUUAUUAACUUUAGCUUUUGAUCAUUGCUGUACAUCUGUUUUGCAUUGAGACAACCCACUUUUGGCACCUACAAACAGGUAUUUUGGGAUCAACUACAUACAACAGUUCUUGUAAAGAAACUACAGUUUUAAACUUUAACAAAGGUGGUUUGUGGCUUCUUGCAAACAUCUGACUGUCGAGAGUGCAACUUAAAAAAUCUACAUCAUAACAUGAGUUCUGACCUUUGUCACAAAAGACUUUUAAGUGUUUACUUAAAGGUAAUUUCAGAUCAGCUUCUACAUUUGCAAAUGAAAUAUCUAAUACUAAUAAUAGUGGUUUAUCAGUUUACUGAUAUUGUAUUUUUUCUCCUCUGGCCAAAAAUCAAAAUCUUUUCCAAUAAAACUGUACAUAUAAACAAAUGAUUCUAGCCCUUAUAAAUCCAUAGUUCUUAAAAAUACAAAUGUUCUAACUACAGCACAAUGUAAUGUCCGAUGGAUUAUAUACAAUCAUACAAUCAAAGGAUGAAUUUUGAGAUUUUAAGUUUUGAGCUGAUAUAGAAUUUCUUAUGAUUUCUCAAGCGUGAUAGGGAAAAAGCAAGUCGUGUGUGAAGAAAGUCUUUUGUGACAAAGGUCAGAACUCGUGUUAUGAUGUAGAUUUUUUAAGUUGCACUCUCGACAUAUAAUAAUCUAUUACUUUUUCUACAUAAUUUGUAACACAUAAAUAUGGUAAAAUAUCUAUUUAGGAGUCUUAGACCUUUCCAACGAUGUAUAGUUUGUCAUGAUCAGAUUAGGAUUUAUUUGUAAUAUGGUGACAUAAACUUAGGUGUCCCACUGAGGGGACGGUGACAGUUAAAGGGUUAACUCUUUCCCCACCAAAUGCAGAAUUUUCUAUUAUUCAUGAGGCAACGCUUCACCACCAAACAUGGAAUUUUCUGUGUUUCACAGUUUUCACUGUUAUACACUCAGGGGCACUAUUACCCAUCUCCUGAAUGAGUCUAGAAUGUCCCGAUCAAAAAUAGAGGCCAGGAAGUCACACAAACGAGCGAUCUCAUAUGUACGCUUGUGCUUAUGAAAAAUAAUGUGUUCAUCAACAAUCAUGUAUAGUCUAUAUAAAUGAAAACUGCCAGGAAAAGGUCUGUCCAAGUUUUGGGGGUGCUAAUGGAAGUGAUCUACUUUUUUUUUUUUUUUUUGCUUGUUCAGAUAUUUAUACAACAAAAUAUUUUGCACUGUAAAAAUAAAUAGUUGAAAAAACUUUUAAAAAAGUAAGGCAACUUGAUGCAGUAAGACUUUUGAGUUCUCUCAACAUUUUUUUUCCCACAGUGAAUAUACUUUGUUUAGCUAGCAUAAAUUUGUUCAUGCAAUGCUGAUUGUCUUAUUUUGCUAAUAGAAAAAGUCUUUUCACAGCAACUGAAACAACAAUUACUGUCAUUGGGGUAGUUUAGAUUUUAAUGUAUCAACUUUUUGUUUAUUUAUAAAUAACAAACAGUGAGUUGUUAUAGAAACCCUAAUGGAUAACUUAGUCUAAUAUGUAGACAAGAUUGUCUUUGUUUGUAAAAUAUCUUACAAGACUAAAAUACAGUAUCCAGCAAACAGAUGUAAGUGGAUGAACAUACUCUAGGCCUCAAAACUAGACACACAAGAACUUGACAAACCUCAAGAAUGGUUGCAAUCAACAAAUGUUUAAAAGAUGAGCUCUUUACAUCACAGUGCAAUAAAUAACUAACAAUAAUGACAAAACAACAACAAAAAAAUUAAAUUAAGUCAGCAAACAGCAAAACAUUAAUCCUAUAACAGCAACUGCAUAAUUUAUUCAUGCUGCAAACUGCAUACUAGAAACUCACAAAGCCUUAGCAUUUUAACAAUAUGAAAUUCUUUGUUCAGACAACUGUGCUUGACUAGUUGGGACAACAUUUGGAGCAAUUAUUCUGGUCUGACAAGGGUUUUUAUGUUGUUUCAAGAAUUUUUUUUUUUUUUAGUACUUGACACUCAAAAUAUUUCAUAAACUGGAAAAUAUGCAUUUGCAUUCAACAGUUUGGGGGCCAUGCAAUUUUAGUAAAAUCAUCAAAAAUGCUGGCGGUGGCUGGCAACUUUUUUCAAAAACAAUGGUGGGAAAAGAGCUAAAAAAUUAAAAUAUAAUAAAUAUGUCAAUGAUGUUUUUGUUUUGUUUUUGUCCAGACAUAAAAUUGAAAUUUAAAAAGUAGAUUAAAAGCAGUGCUUACAUACAAACUGAAUACAUGUCUUCUACAGUUAACAUGUUUUUCAAUUCUGCAUUAAAAUUUGAAUUGAUCAUUUCUGGAUUAAUAAAGCAAAAAAAAAUUUUUUUGAUAAAUCCUUUAUCUGAGCUUCAUUUGAUGAGUUCAA